CUGAUCCAGUAGGAGUCCGAUCAUGUCAUUGGAUUCCUAUUCACUUUCUAGGGGGCUCUUUAUUGAGCGAACAUACCUAGAAAAGAGCACUUUUGAACUCGGCAAUCACAGCCAUAAGGACAAGUGUGUUUCUUGCUUUGGGAAAACGAUGGUUACAACAGAAUAUGUGAUUUUCUAUAUAUGUGCAAUACUUGCUGUUAUAGUAACUGUGUUUGGCAACCUGCUUGUCAUAAUAUCGGUGUGUCACUUCAAACAGCUGCAUACACCAACGAAUGUGCUUCUCCUUUCCUUAGCUGUGGCAGAUUUCAUGGUGGGAAUGUUUGUGAUGCCACUGGGAUUCAUCUGGAUGAUCGAGGCAUGCUGGUUCUUUGGGACAUCCAUGUGUGCUUUUCUCAACUUUUUUGCGUUCCAACUGACAACCUGUUCUGUUCAUAAUGUGGCUCUCAUUGCAGUGGACCGAUACCUGGCGCUGAGCAAUCCCUUUCUCUACACCAAGCAAAUCACUGUGAAGAUCGCAGUCAUCGCGGUCUUGUUUACCUGGGCUGUUUCAGUGGGGUAUAAUUCUUCUCUUCUCUACUACAACGGGUUUUUCACGACCUCUCUGGCCCUGUGUCCCAGCGAGUGUCCAGUUGCUGUGAGCGAAAUCUGGUCUUGGGUUGAUUUUGUGGUGGUGUUUGCAUUACCUUGUUCCAUCAUGUUUAUAUUGUACCUCAAAAUCUUUGCCAUUGCCAGGAAGCACGCCACUGCCAUCAGGGCAGCUAAUAAUAAUCAGGCCAAUGUAAAUGGAAGCAAGAAUGAGAACAUGCCCAAACGGUCUGAGAGAAAAGCUGCCAAAGUGCUAGGAAUACUUGUGGUUGUAUUUUUGUUAUGUGUUGUUCCAUAUUACACUGCUAGUGUUAUGGCUGAGUUUAUCUACGGCCAGGCAUUUGAGGAUGCGCUAAACUACACGUCUCUCAUACUUUACCUGAAUUCAUUGUUUAAUCCAAUUAUUUAUGCUUUGUUCUACCCUUGGUUCCAAAAAAGCAUUAAGUUGAUUUUGAGGUGUCGUAUAUGUACCUCCGAGUCCUCUCUCAUGCAGCUGAAGUGA